AUGUCGUACGAUCCGAGGGAGCAUUUUCAGCAGAUCCAGCGAACUCUGCAGCAGCGAAGCGGCCGGGGCUUCGGUGGUGUACCCGGAGGCGGCGGUGCCGCAGGCAGAGGUCUUCUAGCAUUGAUUGGCGCCGGUGUCGCUGGGGUGGUCAUCUCAAAUUCCAUAUUUAACGUCGACGGUGGCCAUCGCGCCAUCAAAUACACAAGAAUAGGAACACAUCUCCGCAUUCCUUGGUUCGAGACGCCAAUCGACUACGACGUGCGAGCGAAGCCGCGAAAUGUUGCCUCGUUGACAGGAACCAAGGAUCUCCAGAUGGUCAACAUUACAUGCCGUGUCCUUUCCAAACCUCGGAUCGAGGCAUUGCCUCAGAUUUACCGCACACUGGGUACUGAUUACGAUGAACGAGUUCUGCCGUCUAUUGUCAAUGAGGUCCUCAAGAGUGUGGUGGCUCAAUUCAACGCCAGCCAGCUCAUCACACAGCGAGAGAGUGUGGCAAGAUUAGUCAGAGACAACCUCACAAGAAGAGCUGCGCGAUUCAAUAUCUUGCUUGAUGAUGUGUCUUUGACGCAUCUCUCCUUCUCUCCCGAGUUCACGGCUGCGGUCGAGGCGAAGCAGGUUGCACAGCAGGAAGCACAGAGAGCUGCAUUUGUCGUGGACAAAGCGAGACAGGAAAAGCAGGCCACCGUCGUUCGUGCGCAGGGUGAAGCCAGGUCUGCCGAGUUGAUUGGUGAUGCGAUCAAGAAGAGCCGAAGCUAUGUGGAGCUCAGACAAAUCGAGAAUGCUCGAAACAUUGCGACCAUCCUGCAGGAAUCUGGGGGAAAGAACAAAUUGUACCUGGAUGCGCAAGGCCUUGGGCUGAAUGUCAACGCUGGGGAGGAUCCAGCAGCAAGAAAAUAG